CUCUCUCCACACACACCAAACGCGCACGCCGUCCACCAUUUUCCCCUCGAUUUGGCCUCUUCCCCUCUCCGCUCCACCCAGCUCUGCUCGCAGAUCUCCUCUAGUCAGGUCAGCCCGGGCCCGGGCGGUUCCCUCCCCAAUUCGGAACCUAGCACUCCGGCUAUUGCCGGGAGAUGGGCAACUGCUGCGUGGGCGGCAGCGGCGGCGGCGGCGGCAACCCCAACAAGCCGGCGAAGCAGAAGAAGGGCGCGAAGCCGAACCCCUUCUCCAUCGACUACAACCGCUCCGCCCCACCCACCUCCUCCACCACCAACCGCCUCGUCGUCCUCCGGGAGCCCACGGGCCGCGACAUCGCGGAGCGGUACGAGCUGGGCGGGGAGCUGGGGCGGGGCGAGUUCGGGGUCACCUACCUCUGCACGGACCGCGCCACCCGCGAGGCGCUCGCCUGCAAGUCCAUCUCCAAGAAGAAGCUGCGCACGCCCGUCGACGUCGAGGACGUGCGCCGCGAGGUCGAGAUCAUGCGCCACCUCCCGCCCCACCCCAACAUCGUCGCGCUCAGGGACACCUACGAGGACGACAAUGCCGUGCACCUCGUCAUGGAGCUCUGCGAGGGCGGCGAGCUCUUCGACCGCAUCGUCGCGCGAGGGCACUACACGGAGCGGGCCGCGGCUGUCGUCACCAAGACAAUCGUCGAGGUCGUGCAGAUGUGCCAUAAGCAUGGGGUGAUGCACCGGGACCUCAAGCCAGAGAAUUUCUUGUUUGCAAACAAGAAAGAAACCGCCGCAUUGAAGGCAAUUGAUUUUGGCCUCUCCGUUUUCUUCACUCCAGGCGAACGCUUCACCGAGAUUGUUGGAAGCCCUUAUUACAUGGCUCCGGAGGUGUUGAAGAGAAAUUACGGCCAAGAGGUCGAUGUUUGGAGUGCAGGGGUGAUUCUCUACAUUCUUCUUUGCGGUGUCCCUCCAUUCUGGGCAGAAACUGAACAGGGUGUUGCUCAAGCAAUCAUCCGUUCUGUCAUUGACUUUAAAAGGGAUCCGUGGCCAAGGGUCUCAGAUAAUGCAAAAGACCUUGUCAGGGGAAUGCUUAACCCAGAUCCAAAGAGGCGAUUAACAGCCCAGCAAGUUCUUGACCAUCCCUGGUUGCAGAAUAUUAAGAAGGCGCCAAAUGUCAAUUUGGGUGAAACUGUUAAGGCCAGACUUCAGCAGUUCUCUGUGAUGAACAAGUUUAAGAAGCAUGCACUUAGGGUCAUAGCUGAGCAUCUUUCAGUAGAAGAGGUGGCUGGCAUAAAGGAUAUGUUUGAAAAGAUGGACCUUAACAAGGAUAGUAUGAUUAAUUUUGAUGAGCUGAAGCUUGGUCUGCAUAAGCUUGGGCACCAAAUGCCUGAUGCAGAUGUCCAAAUACUAAUGGAUGCUGCGGACGCUGAUGGAAAUGGAUGCUUAGACUAUGGUGAAUUUGUUACUCUCUCUGUUCACCUGAAAAAGAUCGGCAAUGAUGAGCAUCUCCAUAAGGCAUUUGGAUACUUCGAUCGGAACCAGAGUGGAUAUAUUGAAAUCGAUGAGCUCCGCGAGUCGUUGGCUGAUGACCUGGGACAAAAUCAUGAAGAGGUUAUCAAUGCCAUCAUCCGUGAUGUAGACACUGAUAAGGAUGGCAAGAUAAGCUUUGAUGAGUUCGUGGCAAUGAUGAAGGCUGGAACUGACUGGAGGAAAGCCUCCAGACAGUACUCCAGAGAACGGUUCACUAGCCUCAGCUUAAAGUUGCAGAAGGAUGGAUCGUUGCAAGUAACGAGUACCCAAUAGUAGAUGGUAACGCAAUAGACAAGUUGUGAAUUCCAGAUGAAAACCUUGUGUAGCUUCCUGGUUCUUUGUUGACAACCAUUUCUUCUGUUCAUCUGGAUAUUCUGUUGCGCUCUAAUUUUCGCUUGGUAUCCUGAUGAGGCAUUAGUUGAUUGUUGAAGAUUUAUUCUGUACGUAGAUUGUGUGAUCCAGGCCUACCACGAAGUGUAUGCUGUUGAUGAAAUGUACUGUACAAGAGAAAGAGGGAAAGAAUAGUUGGACGUAUGCA